CAAUCAAUAAUAAACCUAAAACAGUCGUUCGACACUUUACGUCGUACUCUCGCUUGUGAGUUACAAGCAAACCCUAACCCGAUAGCAACAGGUUGCUAUCAAUUGGUAUCAGAGCAUGUCUUUCGAUCUCACCACGUGCUGCGCGGCAGCGCAACGUACCGCCAGGGCCUGUUACGCGCUGGGUGAGCGUAUGGGUGCUUUGGAGCAACUGCUGGCGGGGUUUAUCCCCGAACGCGUGACCGUCAUCGACGGGAAGCGAAGCGACGACGACGUGGCCCGCGUCGACGCCAAUGAAGUCAGGGCGGCGGAGAAGAUGAAGAUCUCCGUCAACGAGAUCGACGGGAAGGAAACAGUGCGCAAAGGUGGCUCUCGCCUAUGCGAGGCUCUCACCCAACGAUCUGAAAGCGAUAGGAAGGAAACAGUGCGUCGCGGUGGUUACCACCUCGACGAGACUCUCACCUAUCGAUUCCGAGGCUGCGAGAAGGAGGAGUUCGUCGUUGGCGUUCAGCUCAAGAAAGCGUUCACGGUUGGAGUACAAACCGUGAAAGACGAAGCGACUAUUGGCAGCAUGGAAGUUUUGGUGCCGCGCGAAGGGGUGCCAUUCAAAAUUGAGUCACCACCACUCGAUUUGCUGGUUGGGGAUGGAAAUUGUGAGAAAGGGACAACCAAGGAAGGGGGGGGUUCUGUUGGGAAAAUUUAUCCUCCAAUAAUUGGAGGGCAUGCUCUUCCUUUGGACCAAGACGAGGAUGAUUGUGAUGGGCUUCUGUUUUCAAGGUCUUGGCCACUCAAGAGAGGAGAAGCAAUCGUCCUGGACAAUGAUGCCCAAGCUGCGUGGCCGCGAGUUCCGGCCAAGGUGAGGAAGAGGAAUAGAGGUCGGACAAGGAGCUGGAAGUUUCGAAAGCAUCCUAAGACUCAACGUCGUCGCAAGCGUUGCGGUUGCUUUCGUCGCCGACCGCCGCGUCUCGGCAUGGACCGAACCUUGGAGACCAAGGUUAUUAGUCUAUGUGCAUGGGCCGAGUAUGCAUUAGAGUUGGAUGCCAAGUUGGAGUCGUACGUAGUUGAGCGGAUAUCUGGGAUUCCUCUAAUUCCUGGCAAGUUAUCAAUCGAAGCAUUUUUUAUUUUGCCAAAAAGGAUUAUUAAGGAGAUUGAAAAGCUCUGUAGUGAUUUCUUAUGGGGAGUUGGUGCUGAUGGUAAAAAAAGGGCAACUGCAGCUUGGCAAUUCUUAGCUCUCCCUAAGAAGGAAGGAGGGGUCUCUGUGGGUGGCAUGGCUGAAGGAAUACAGGCUUCGGAACCAAGAUUUUUGGACUUGUCAAUCCAAAACUGGUUCUUGGAUUUGGUUAAAGCUGUUGAAAAGAUUUGCCAGCAGAUGUCUAUGGUGAAUGAGACAAGAGCUCAUCUUUUUGGUGGGUGUAUUGUGUUUAAGGAGUUGUUUGCAGGUUUAUUGGCUAAAGCUUUUUCUAGAACUCCAUCUGAUGAUUGGGAUGCAGAACUGCAGUGGGCCUCAACUCACUUAAAAGGGGAGCAGCUGAGAAGCCAGGUUGCUAAGGCGGUUUGAGGGCAAUGAUCAGUACUAUUUGGCGUGAAAGAUGUUUACUGAAGCAUGGAAGGUCCAAGAAAACCCAUCAGGAGAUGAUUGUUCGCAUUAAUCAGGAUAUUGCAAUGAUUUUCCAAGCAGAAAAUUUGGCUAGUUUUGGGAUUGUUAGCUUUGCCUCUUGGUUCAAUUUAUAGGUUUCCUUUGUUAUGGAAUAGGGAGUUAAGUUUGCGUAUAGAAAUCUGUUUAGUGACUUAGUUGGCAGGGUUGUUGCCAAAGGUUUUGAGAUCUUUUUGAUUUGAUAAAAGCUAACUAAUUCA